AUGUGCACGCACGCGGCCGUGCUCGGCAGCGCCGUCGGGGCGCUGGGCGUCCUGGCCUACAACGAGGCAUUCGCCUCCUCCGCCAGGUCGCAGCUGAGCAGAGAAUCCACACGCCUCGCCGCCGCGGGCAUCAGCCCCCCCGUGGAGCUGCUAGUCCAGGACUUCCCGGACCAGAUGUUGGCGUUGCUGCCGGCCCCGCACCUGCUGGUGGACGCCUGGCUGGGCUGCCUGCAGGAAGCCGAGCGGCAGCUGCCCAAUGUCGGGGCGGCGGCAGCCGCUGCAGCUGCGGCGGCGGCGGCUGGGUCUGCCGCCGGGCCUGCGGGGGAGCGGCCGGGCGAGCGCGGAGACGAGCUGGCUUGGGCGCGGGCGAUGCGCCUCGCUUCUGUUGCCGCGGCGGCGGGGAACGGGCCCUGGGCGGCGGGGGACGAGCCCCGGGAGGAGCGUGAGGGGCGGGUGCGCGACGCGCUGCUUGGCGCGGCGGCCGCAACACUGGCAGCGCAGGGCGUUGUUUGGGACAUGUCUUCGCUCGUCGCGACGGCGCCUGCGUGCGGAGGCGGGGGUGGCGGCGGCAAUCAUGACGGCGGCGGCGACAGCGGCGCUGGCGGCGCGCUGCUUGUAGACGCGCUUGUUUCCGUGGGGCGGGUGGCGCGCCAAACGGCGGCGGCGGCGGCGGCGGCGGCGGCGGCAGGCCUGGAAACCGGCCCGGCCUUCGACAGCGGCAGCCGACAUCACGGCAGGCCCAAGGGCGGCCGACAGCAAGGUGGACCGGACCCCGAGGCCGCAGCCCAGGGGCCACCCCAGAUGCUGGCGCUCGCGCGUGCCGUCGCCCUGCAAGUGGAGCUGCUCCGCGCCGUGCUGCGCGCGCUGUGCCUGCGCUUCCUGCUGCGCCAGCGCGCGCACGGCGGCGGCGGCCGCGCCUGGCGCGAGCGCGUGCCGGCGCAGCUGCUGGCGCUGCUGGCGGCCGCGGACGAGGCGGGGGAUGUUUUCGGCCUUGUCUCCAACUUUCAGGUGUUUGGAGACGACUUGCUCCAGCUCGAGGGCGCUGCACCGCCGUUGGGCUCCCGAAGCCGCGCCACGCAUCAGGGAUGGCCCGUCGGCGACGCGCGCGCGGCGGCGAGCGGCAGCGCCGCAAAAGGGCGCGGGGGCGAAGACGGCGGCGGCGACGACGGCGGCGGCGACGGCGGCGGGAGCGAGGUGAUGAAAGGCGGCCGCGCGCCGCGGCGGAGGCGCAAGCCGGCGGGCUUGCUGGGCCGCUCGCGGGACGAGCUGACGGAGUGGGAGCAGGACUGCGCUGUCGACCUGGACAAACAGGCGGGUGCCCGGCUGCGGGCGGGGGUCCUGGCCUUGCGCCGGCCGGCGCAGCGGCGCGGCCCGUCCCGAUCGGCGGGCCCUGCCUGCUGCCCCACUCCAGGGUCCGCCGCUCGCUGGAGCGCUUCGUGCAUCGCCACUCCCCUCGAGGCCAGGCCAUGA